AUGUCUAUCAAACCUGAACCUUGGCUGUUGCCUGCGCGCGCUGCCCCUGGACCGCCAAACCGCCGCUUAACGGUCGGCCCCGCCCGGCGGGUCGCAGAGUUCUCAAGGAGGCGGGGCUCGGGGUACACCCCAGGACACAAGCGCGAGAGCAGAGCUCAGCAGGGGCGGGGCCGGCGCAUGCGCAAAGCUGCCAGUCGCCAGCUGACAGUGCUGGAAGGGAAGUCAGGACUCUACUUCUCCUCUCUCGACUCGAGCAUCGACAUCCUGCAGAAGAGAGCCCAGGAGCUGAUCGAAAACAUCAAUGAGAGCAGGCAAAAGGACCACGCACUCAUGACCAACUUCAGGAACAGCCUGAAGACCAAGGUUUCGGAUCUGACAGAGAAAUUAGAGGAGAGGAUCUAUCAGAUUUAUAAUGACCACAACAAGAUCAUCCAGGAAAAGCUCCAGGAGUUCACCCAGAAAAUGGCAAAGAUCAGCCAUUUGGAAACAGAGCUCAAACAAGUCUGCAACAGCGUGGAGACUGUGUACAAAGACCUGUGUCUCCAGCCUGAGCAGAGCCUAAGACUCAGACGGCCAGACCACUCUAGAGGAAAGUCCCCACCACGUCCCAGCGACUCACAGCCCCCAGACGUGUUCGUUUCUUCUGUGGCUGAAACUACUUCUCAGGUGGUUAUCAGUUAA